AUGAUAAUUGAUACUAACAUUAUUCAUUUUUUUAAGGUUGCGACAUUGAACAUAAGGCAACUAAACGAUAUUAAGGUUCAAAAUUUGGCAGAUUAUUUGGAAAAAAAUGACAUAGAUAUUUUGAGUAUUACCGAAACUAGAAUUACUAACAAAAAAUUAAAAUUCAUCACACAAAACAAAUUUAUGAAUCAUCAAGUUUUUGGAACAGUGGGUGUGGAUUUUAAUGGAUCAGGAACCUUAAUCAUUAUGAAAAAGGAAUUAGCUAAGCAUAUUAGUAAAAUGGAUAGGUACAAAGGACGAAUUUUAAAAAUAGAGCUUACUUUUUCAGAACAACAAAAGUUGGCGAUUAUAUCAGUAUACAACAAAAGUGGAGAUAGAGGGAAAGUUUGUGUAGAAACAAGAAUUGAUAUCAAUAAAAACAUUAUGAAAAUGAUCAAAGAUAGUAAACAGAAAAAUCAACAAAUAAUCUUAAUGGGCGAUUUUAAUUUACAGUAUAAAAAAUAUCUUAAGCAAAAGAAUAGUAAUAGAACUAGAGUUUCAGAACAAUUAAAGAUAUUUGAACUUUUGGAAAAUAUGGAAUUAUAUGACGUUUGUAAAGAAGUGCUCAAUAUUGAUGAUUUAGCGUUAACGAAAAAUCAUGUGACUCAUAUAACGAAAAAAAUGGGCUCAAGAAUCGACUAUAUCUGGGUAACAAAGAAAAUUUUUGAAGAAAUAAUUCAAGUAAACAUAAAGGAAUAUGAUAGCAAAAACGAUACAGAUCAUAAAAUAAUUUCCUUCAAAGUGACUCGAAACACUGUGUUGCCAUCGAUCGUAUAUAACAAGAAAAAACAAAGAAAAUCUGAUAAGCGAAUUAAAUAUUUUUAUGAUAGAAUCGAUGAAGAGAUUAAAGAUGCUAUUAAAGUUAAAGCCAAACAGGAGCUUAACGAGAGGAAAAAUAGAAUGAUAACUACAACAAUAACCUUAGAUGAGAAGAUAAAGCUUUACGAGGAUGUUAUUAAUGCAACUAAAAACUCAGAAAUUGAAAAAAAAGAAAUAUAUCUAACUAAUGAAAAAGAAGAUACAAGUGUUAAAGAUUUAGAAUUAUACCGGAUAGUUUGGAAAUGUACAAAUCAAAAAAUACAUUGCGAAACUGGAUGA